GCAUCGCGCGCCAGCCUGCCGUUACCCUCUCAUUCGCUCGAGACCACACUUCGGCAUCUGUAUUUUACGCACACAUUAACUGGCAUCCGUGUCGAGAUAUAAACACCGCCAGCUGACUGACAGACUGCUGUUUUUCCUCGGAGAUUUGGUCGCUUUCUCAACUUCAUCGACAGUUUUUUCGGGGAGGUCCUUCAGAGAGUAACAGGUGCGGGACAGGAGCUUUUCUCAAGUUUGUUGCCAACUGAUGCUCUGCUUGCCAUUAAGUGUCAACAAAUAUGGCAAACUCGGGCGUUCAGUUGCUUGGAUUUGGUCUCUCUCUGAUUGGCAUCAUUGGACUGAUCGUGGGCACCAUCCUGCCGCAGUGGAAGAUGUCCGCGUACGUGGGGGACAGUAUUAUCACGGCAGUGGCCACUUACCAGGGACUGUGGAUGUCCUGCGCGUUUCAGAGCACCGGACAGCUUCAGUGCAAAAUCUACGACUCCAUUCUACAAUUAGACAGUGAUCUUCAAGCGACCCGUGCUUUGAUGAUUGUGGGUAUCAUUGUGUCCAUUUGCGGUCUUGGUGUGGCCUGCAUGGGCAUGAAGUGCACCACUUGUGGAGCUGAUGACAAAGUUCGCAAGGCUCGCACGGCCAUGACAGGAGGCAUCAUACUGCUAGUGGGAGCCCUCUGUGCAGUUGUUGCCUGUUCGUGGUUUGCCCACAAUGUGAUUCGAGCUUUCUACAACCCCUUCACUCCAGUCAACACCAAGUUUGAGUUUGGAGCAGCCAUUUUCAUUGCUUGGGGUGGGUCAUUUCUUGAUGUUCUCGGUGGAACCAUGUUGGCUGCCUCUUGCCCUGGAAGUAAACAAGUGUCAAAAUAUCCUAAAAGUAACACUGCACGGUCUGCAAGCGGCAGCAACAAAGAAUAUGUGUGACCAAGACUGCCCCCUACUGGACAGACACUGAAGCAACUUCAGAAGGUGAAGAAUUUCUUCAACAAAAUAAUGAACUGAAUAAUGAAGGUUAAACAGCUGUCACUGAGAAAGAAAACAGUUUACAGACUGUAUAAUGUCCCAUUGUAAAAAAGGGCUAUCUGUUGUCCAAAAGUUCAAAUAGAAAAUGUAUUUACAAACUCACUGGAGUUUUUGAAAUGGAGGACUGUAGAAAUCUAGUGUCAGUACAAAUACUCACAGAUUGCUUUGAGCCCUCAGUGUUUCAUUGAAGUAAACAGCUAGGUUGUUUUCUCUGUGUCAAAGUAGAGAAACUUGUGUAGUGGGUCAUAUAUGUUGGUGUUUUCAAAGUGCCCAUUAGGGAGCACUAUAACCAACAAGCGGGUGUUGCCCAAAAUGGAGGCAGAUUUUUUGAAAGAAUUGUUUUUGAGUAUUCAUCCUAAAGAAAUGCUAACAUUUUUAAUACUCAUUUGAGUCACUCUUAAGUAAUAUCAUGUAAUUGCAUAUGGCCGAGGAAGACCCUGAACGUUUUUUUUUUUUCUUUUUUUCAUUUGCUUAACACAUUUCAGUAUUAACACACCACCUCACGUUCAUUUUUAUUGUCCAUGAGCCUAUCUGAACAUCUUUUACUUAUAAAAGCUCAUUGAUAAUGGCAGUGUUAGUUAGCUUAUCGUUUAUACAUUUGUUUUACAUGCUUAUUUUCAAUAAAGUUGGCUUUCAUUGUAUCAGGCUGGUUAUUAUUCUGGUUGUUG